AGCCCCGGACCCUGAGCUGCCAUGAGCUUCAUCUCCACGGCCACACGACCGGCCGAGAAGCGUAGCGAGAAGAGAAGCGCGCGGUAAGCAGCUUGCACGUACGGGUAGGUAGCUAGCUAGGUGGUGGCUAGCCUGAGGAUCGGACCACGAUGAUCCCCUACGCAACUGCGGCGGAGGCGGAGGCGGCGCUGGGGCGCGCCAUGACAUGGGCGGAGGCUGCAUGGUACCAGUACUCGGCGGCGAUGCCAGAUUCCUGGCUCCACUGCCACACUACAUUUAUCCUCUUCGUCAUCUACACGAUCACGCCGCUGCCCCUCGUGGUCCUCGAGCAGUUCGCUCCGUCCGUCGUGCUGCCGUACAAGCUGCAGCCCCGGGUACGGCUGCCGCUGGCGGCCUCCCUCCGCUGCUACAUGGAAGCGGCCUGCUUCUUUCCUCUCGCCGUCGGCUUCCAGCUCGUCUCCUAUCCUGUCGCUGUUAAGCAGAUACUGAGGACUCGAAUGGGACUGCCGUUGCCGUCGGUCAGGGAGGCAGUUGCGCAGCUGGUGGUUUACUCUCUCUUGGAGGACUACCUGAGCUACUGGAUCCACCGUCUUCUGCACACACAGUGGGGCUACGAAAAGAUCCACCGCGUCCACCAUGAGUUUACGGCUCCCACAGGCUUCGCCAUGUCAUACAGCCACUGGGCUGAGAACCUCCUCCUUUCCAUCCCCGCCCUGUCUGGCCCAGUCAUUGUGCCAUGCCACAUCACCACGCAAUGGCUCUGGUUCUCCAUCCGCCUAAUCGAGGGCAUCAACACGCACAGCGGCUACCACUUCCCAUUCAGCCCUUCCAAGUUGAUUCCCUUCUAUGGGGGCGCCGCCUACCAUGACUAUCAUCACUAUGCUGGAGGGCACAGUCAAAGCAACUUUGCUCCUCUUUUCACCUACUGUGAUUAUAUAUACAGGACAGACAAAAUAUUACCUUCUCACGAAGGAGUUGUUACAAUAUAUUUUCUUAGAAGUGGCUCAGCACAAGUAUUUAGGCUACAGAUACCAUAAGUUAAAGCAAGCGAAGCUGAAGAGCCUGGAAGAAAAUAAUGCGGAGAAGAAAGGAGGCACCACUGCAUUCGACAUCGGGAAGGACUGAGAUAUUUUUUUGCCUGAAUAUUGGGUAUAAAUAGUUUGUUACUAUUAUCACCGGUACUGUUCGGAUGGGAUAUCUACAAAUAAAUAAUCUCUAUUUACUGCAGAGGCUGUCGACUAAUGGACGAACAAAUGUACACUUGUAAUCUCUCUAGUGUUCUGUAUCAGGCAAUAAUAAACAUAUUGUGUAUAAUUUAUGUAUGUAAGAGAAUAUUGCAUCUACUUAUUCAAACUAAUAUCCGUGACCUAGCCAGGUCAA